GUGCCACAGUUUUUCCACCGAUUGUGACACUGUUGUAUGCAGAAGACCCGAAUAUAUCUACUGCUAAGAGGCAGAAAUGCGGGCGGAGGGAGGCAGGUGGAGUAUGGUGUGCAGCGAAGUGCUGUUUUCGGCAGGAAGGGUGUGAGCAGCCUGCGGUUUCCUCUGUAGUAAGUGUAUCUGCUGAUCAAAACCGGGAGCAGUGCUGUGGGUGUGCCCAGUAGGUAAAGAUCCCCCCCCCCCCCCCGUCAAGUGGAUGCAACAGAAACGCGAAUGUAAGUAUUAGCUAGAGUUCAUGGAUACUUUGAAGCUUACGGCUUCUAAUUUACCAGUCGCGGAGCGAUUGUACAUCACUGAAAACGCAAACAAGAUUUAAGAGACCCUGACUCGAGUGCCCACGGCGAUCGGCAGCGCGGACGGCGCGAGCCAGAAACAUGGGGCCCCGCUUCAGCUGUCAGGGAGGGUGAAGAAAAGAUCCGACAACCCUGCGUGCUGUCAGUGAUGGUGCUAAGAUGCAAAUACGGACCCUACUCCCUCGUCUUCUCUACCUGACUGUUGAACUCAUGCUGGGAUCCGCUGGUCACUUCCGACAUGCUUCCUGUAGACUGUCACAGAGGUCUGCCUUGUGCAGUGGAAGUCAGCUGGCGUCUAUACCGACAGACCUGCCCAACAGCAUUGAAGACCUUCACCUGGAUAACAAUAACAUCAAACUACUUAAAAACACCUGUCUCGUUAGUUACCCCGAGCUCCGCAUUCUAAACAUUGCAAGCAAUGGUUUGGACACUGUUGAGUCAAAUGUGUUCCACCACACUCGUCAUGUGGAGAAGCUCAACCUGGCGGAGAACUGCCUCUAUACUAGCUAUCAAGAGUUGGGUGAGGCAUUGUCAGAUCUGUCCCAUUUAAGAGUGUUGGAUCUUUCCGGAAAUGGGUUGACAGAGGAUAUGGUCUCAUUUCUGCUGCAGAACAUGACCUCACUAGAGUUCCUGUCUCUAUCCGGGAAUACCAUACUGAGACUAGACCAGAGUAUCUUUCGUGACCUUCACCAGUUACGGGAGUUGAACCUUGAGAGGAACCAUUUAUUUGAUAUUGAAGAGGGGACUUUCGACAGCUUGCAGAAACUACAGAGGCUGAAUUUGGCAUUCAACAAUUUGCCGUGCCUGGUUGGAUUUCAGCUCAUACAGGUGGUGAUGCUAAAUGCCAGUCACAACUCCAUCGAGUGGUUCAUUUCUAACCAGGAUCUGAAUGAUACUUUCCAGUUGGAGACCCUCGACCUUCGAGAUAACAAGCUCAUCUUCUUCCCUUUUCUCCCAACCCGCAGUCGCCUACAAACUCUACUUUUGUCAGACAACCAAAUAGGCUUUUAUCAACACCUCGAGAACAGCAGCUUACCAAAUUGGGCCACCAGUGUGCAAUUUUUUAAUCUGAACAGCAAUGUGACCAACGUAACAGUAAAUCUGUGGGAUGAGACCCUACAUGGAGACAUCUCAUCGCUGGAUCUCCUGGAUCUCACUAGAAACCAAGUAACAUAUCUCACACAGGGUUUUCUGGGUGAGAUGACACAUUUGUCAAGACUGAAAUUAGGAAGCAACUGUUUGAAGUCCUUCAGCUUCGACUCUGAUGAACUGUCAGCCUCACUUUAUGAGUUAGAUGUGAGCAAUAACCAGUUAACUGUUCUACAAGCCAACCAAAGCUACUUGCAUACCUUGGAGAAUUUGAGAUAUGUCAACCUGAGCCAUAAUGACUUGCAGAGGCUCCCUCCGAUGCUCUUCUUGCAACUGCCUGUGCUCACGGUGGUGGAUCUGAGCCAGAACAAGGUCGCCAUCUGCUCCUUGGAAGAGCAGGACGCAGAAGCAGAAUACUCAGACUGCAUCUUCUGGAGGAACAUCAGCUCCCUGAGUCAGCUGUACCUCAGAGGCUGUGGCUUGGAACGGGUACCAGCCAGGGCUUUUGAUGGGACGCCACUCACGGUCUUGGAGCUGUCGGGCAACCGAGGCGUGGUCAUAGGGCAGGAAUCCAUGACGGGCAUCACACAGACCUUACAACAUCUAGGCCUAGGUAGCACAAAUCUCUAUAACCUAGACUUUACCCAAUUUGUAAAGUUGUACUCCUUAGAUAUUUCUGGAAACUCCAUAUCAUACCUCCCAGAUUCUAUACUAAGUCUUAGACGUUUGGACUUGAGGGAAAACCAUCUGCAAGCUAUCCAUUUGCAUCAAGCUCAGGUGUUAAGUCACAGCCUGGAGAGCAUUUUCCUGGGGGGAAACCCUUUAAACUGCUGCCAGGUGGCCUGGUUCAAAGCGCUCCGUGACAUUAAGACUUUGACCAUCGAGGACCUCAGUAGCUUGACAUGUUUCAGUGACUAUGGGGAACUCUCACUAAACUCCAUAGCCUCAAACUAUUGUGGAAGGAGUGACGAGGAGCCCAGCUGGUUGUAUGUCCUCCUCUUCCUUCCCAUCUUCCUCUCGCUUGUGGGCAUCAGUGUCAUAUUCUUCCUCACCUUCAGGCCCAAUCUCCUGCCCAGUGAGAUUAAAAGGAGGUGUUGGAAGCCAAUUCCAUAUUAACACUGAGCGACGAGUGACUCGCACAAUUCGAUGAGUAAAUGGUCAGCAAUUAGUAAUAACGAAAAGGGAAAUGAAUGAAUACUGAAAGCCUACUGAUUGUGAUCAGUGCCAAGUGCGAAAACUCCUUGCUGAAAACUGCCUUGUGAAUAAGAUUCUGUGAACUUUUCUGUAAGUUUACUUACAACAUCUGGAUAUGGUGACCACCUAGUCCGUGUCGGGAGGGACACUGUGAAGUACUUCAGGUUUUACAAACUACUCCCAUGCGCCGAUGCUUGGCUGAAUUGUUUGGUUUGUCUUGUAUUUUGAUUUGUUCCCUUCAUUGAAAGACUUAUCCAGCUGAUUCAUAUUAACAUAAGGGAAACAUGCUUGAUUAUAGGAAACUGACCAAUCAGCACACAGCAGGGACUGAAAGUGAAACCUAAGUGAAAUCUGGAUCCUUUUAACUGAAAUGGUAGAAAUGGUAGUUUACAAACCCUGUUUGAGGGUUGUGUCCCGUCCCCCCCCCCCCCCCCCCGCCAGCCCCCUGACAUGGAUUAGGUGGUCUCCCUACAUCAAGAACAUAAGCUGAAUAACACUGAAGGGACCUAGUGUUUGCGAUGGUCUGUAAAAUAACAGGAAAUAUAUACUGUACUUUUUCUCUCCUUCCCUACUCUAUUCAUAAAAAAUAAAGCAGUUUUAUGCAGAA